AUGGCUAAGAUUGCGUCCGUGCGGUAUUACCGCGUAAAGCCUCGUUGGCUCAUGGUGAAAAUCACCGACGAGAAUGGCGAGUAUGGUUGGGGCGAGGCAACGCUCGAGGGUCAUGAUCUGGCUGUUGAGGGCUGUCUUGAGGAGAUGAUCCCUAGGAUAGUCGGUCUUGAAGCAGGCAACAUUGAGCACAUUUGGCAAACAUUCUGGCGCCAUGGCUUUUAUCGAGGAGGCCCCGUCUUCAUGUCAGCAAUGUCAGGCAUUGACAUUGCGUUGUGGGAUCUGAAAGGUCGCAACCUGAAAGUUCCCAUUUACGAGCUACUGGGCGGCCAGGUCCGCAACAAGGUUCAAGUGUACUGCUGGAUUGGGGGCGACAGACCAUCAGAUGUUGAGGCCGCAGCAAAAAAGCGCAUUGCUCAAGGUCUGACAUGCGUCAAGAUGAACGCAACAGAGGACAUGAACUGGGUUGACUCUCCCAGAGCCCUGAAAGACACAGUUGAGCGUCUCAAACAGCCCCUACUUUGCGAGCACCCGGAAGCCAUCAAGCAGCUCUCAAAUCAGACGACGAUUCCGAUUGCUUUUGGUGAGCGUCUUUACACGAGAUGGGACAUCAAACGCUUCCUGGAGGACGCCAGCGUCGACAUCCUUCAACCGGAUAUUGCUCAUGCUGGAGGUAUAUCCGAAACAAAGCGCAUCGCUACAAUGGCCGAAGCCUAUGAUGUGGCAAUUGCACCCCACUGCCCUCUUGGUCCCGUCGCCUUUGCGGCAAGCGUACAAGUCGCCUUAUCAGCGCCCAACUUUUCUAUUCUUGAGAUGAGUCUGGGAAUGCACUACAAUACUGAGGCAGGAGACAUCGAUCUCUUGACAUAUCUGAAGAAUCCCACGGUGUUCGAUAUCGAGGGCGGUUAUGUAAAAGCGCCGACGGGCUACGGGUUGGGCAUUGAUAUCGAUGAGGAGAUGGUUAUCAAAAUUUCCAAAGAGACAGAGCCGUGGCAGUGCAAGGUUUUCCAUGGCCCCGACGGCAGCAUCAGAGAAUGGUAG